GGGGACGUGCAGCAGGCAGCCCUCCCCCUUUAAACGCGUCACCGGCGGGGCUGGCUGGCUGCUAUCUGGCGGUGUGGUGUGUGCGGUCGGACUGUGGUUGUGUUUCAGCUCCGGCCGCCUUGAUAACGACACACUUCGGUCGCCUUUCGUCGCGUAGACAUGGGAAUUGAGAAGACAUGGCUGUAAGACAGACGGCGCUAACGCUGCUGGCCCUGCUGGGGCUGGCGGCCGUCGGUGACGCUUUACGCUGUAACUGCACAGAGUGCGAGGAGACGGGCGAGUGCGAGACAGAUGGCGUCUGCAUCGUCUCGAUAUUCAACGACAAGAAUAAGGGGAUCGAACUGCUCAUGCGCAACUGCAUCGGCCACGACAAGAUGGCGCCCCCCAUCCUGUGUAAGGGCGCCGAGGGCGUCUACAACGUCCACUGCUGCGCCGUGGAUUACUGCAACAGCGUCGAGCUGAAGGUUCCAGCCCUACCGAAGAGCGGGAACUGGUCGACCUCGGGGAACUCCUGGGGCCCGGUGGAGCUGGUCGCGGUGAUAGCGGGGCCGGUGUUCCUGCUGUGCGUGCUGCUGAUGGUGGGGGUGUUCCUCUUCCAGUACCACCAGAGGGCCUACAGCCACAGACAGAGGCUGGAGGUGGAGGACCCCUCCUGCGACCACCUGUACUUGGCCAAGGACAAAACCCUGCAAGAUCUCAUCUACGACAUGUCCACCUCAGGAUCUGGUUCUGGGCUGCCCCUCUUCGUGCAGCGGACGGUGGCCAGGACGAUCGUGCUGCAGGAGAUUAUAGGAAAGGGACGCUUCGGGGAGGUCUGGCGGGGGAAGUGGAGAGGCGGAGACGUUGCAGUGAAGAUCUUCUCCUCCAGAGAGGAGCGCUCCUGGUUCAGAGAGGCGGAAAUCUACCAGACAAUCAUGCUCCGGCACGAAAACAUCCUAGGGUUCAUUGCUGCGGACAAUAAAGGUUGGUUCUAUUCACCUUUUAUUUAUUUUUUAAACUCUGAGAAACUUAAAGAAGCUAAAGCGUUUAGCUGCCCAGUAAAAGGAUUCAUUAAGUUUUCCCAUUUUGCUUUAGACAACGGCACGUGGACACAGCUGUGGCUGGUGUCGGACUAUCACGAGCACGGAUCUCUCUUCGACUACUUGAACCGCUACUCGGUCACCAUCGAGGGCAUGAUCAAGCUGGCCCUCUCCGCUGCCAGCGGCCUGGCGCACCUUCACAUGGAGAUCCUCGGCACUCAGGGUAAGCCAGGCAUUGCUCAUCGGGACCUGAAGUCUAAGAACAUCCUGGUUAAGAAGAACGGCACCUGUGCUAUAGCUGACCUGGGGCUGGCAGUCCGCCACGAGUCCAUCACAGACACCAUUGAUAUAGCGCCGAACCAGCGCGUGGGCACUAAGAGGUAUAUGGCUCCAGAAGUCUUGGACGAAACCAUCAACAUGAAACACUUUGAUUCCUUCAAGUGUGCCGACAUUUAUGCGCUGGGCCUGGUGUACUGGGAGAUCGCACGCCGCUGCAACACAGGAGGUAUUCACGAGGACUACCAGCUGCCCUACUACGACCUGGUGCCCUCCGACCCGUCCAUAGAGGAGAUGAGGAAGGUGGUUUGUGACCAGAAGCUGAGGCCCAAUGUGCCCAACUGGUGGCAGAGCUACGAGUCGCUGCGUGUGAUGGGGAAGAUCAUGCGGGAGUGCUGGUACGCCAACGGAGCGGCCCGACUGACGGCCCUGCGCAUCAAGAAGACUCUGUCUCAGCUCAGCGUGGAGGAGGACGUCAAGAUGUGAGGCGGCGGAGGGCGAGGCGCGCUAAGAGACGCACAACCCGACCACUUUCCCAUAGGAAAACAAAACACUACAGACAGACUGCAAAUGGAGACGAAACAACAAAAAAACAACAACAACAACCCUGCCAGUUUUGAAGCCACACUCCAAGUUGUGACAAGGCCUACCUCACCUUUUUAGCCAGAACUACUGAAAGUCACCCAUCCCUCUUCCCCCCCCCCACCUCCUGAACCACAGGCCACACUACCACUGUUAAUAGCAUACACUCAACCUCCUUUCAUCUACCAGGGCAGGAAUUACUGUACAGUGACUUUUUAAAUUUUUACCUGUUUGGUUCAGUGACGGAUGUAAAAGUUUUCCGGUGGAGCUUCUUUCAUGAUAUUUUUAUUUUUUUUACGUUUCAGAAGUAACGCUCCGGUUGUUUUAUUUUAUUUUUUUUGCAAUAUCUCACCGUCGUCGUCGUGUGUGAGGGAGAGGACUGGGGGGCUGAAGUACUGUUUCUAUUUAUGCGUUUGUGUGUAAAAGGUGGCUGGAUGUCGAGCGUGCUUCAAAGACAGCGUCCUCUACAUAAAGGCCGUAGUUUUCGUUUAUAGAGGAAAAUCUGUCAUUUUGAAACGAAGCACGAACAGCCAGAUUGUUUAAUUUAAUCCACUUGAAUAUGAUGC